AUGAUGGUGAAGAAAUGUUUCGAGCCCGGGUGUAUAAAUGAGGUUGAGUACGCAUGCAAAUGCUCUUCUCCCGAUACUUUAUUGUGUGGAGAGCAUAUCGGGGAGCAUGCAAACUUGCCUCAUAAAGCCCAUAAUCUUGAAUCAAUUUUUAUGCAGCCUUGUGAAGGGACAAAAGAAGCAAUUCUUGAAUACCUUACAAAAGAAGAUUCAAAAUGUAGCGAGUUGAGAAUAAUAAUUAUGGAUUCCUUUCGCCAGCAUCUUUCCAAUUCAGAGAAGGAUUUAGAUUUUGCAAGAAAGUUGGAUUGCUACUCAGAUGAAAUAAAUGAUUUCUUUGCAAAGAUUUCCCAAGUUUCAAAAUUAUUAAAGUCAGAACAAGAUCCAAUUUUAGGAUUAUUGAGUUUAUAUCCCCAAGAAGCUAUUGAGAAAGUAAAAUUUAUGACCAUAGCCAACAGAGAUUGUUAUAACGGUGCCAAAUUGUUUUGCAUAUUCAAUCAAAAGUUAGAGAGUCUAAAUAGAUCCUUCUUUACAGAAAUAUGUGGGGCAUAUUUAAAAAACAGGAAUAUGCAAAAUAGUCAUGAAAUGCAUAAUAAAACUAGUAAGCCUGCAAGUAUAGAGUCAGCAAACGUUAAGGAUUCGAUUUCCUUGAUCAUAAAUGAGAACAGUGAGAGCUUGAAAGGGCCUAAAAACGUAAACAAGCCAAUAGAACUCACCCUAGAAAACGAGACAAGCUUGCUUAAUUCUCAAAUAAGCACUGUUUCUAAUGAUCUCAACAAUAAAUCUAAGGAAACAGAAAGUGUUUUAAAAGUUAUAGAGACCUUAAGAAAUAAAACAGCUGAGAUUUUGAGCAGACCAAACAAUCCAGAACUAGAGAUAGAUUUCAGAACAACUUGCUCAGCAAUUCAGACCAGUUCUAGUCUUUAUGAUCCACCACUAAUGAAAGCUUACCAAGAGUAUCUUAAAGCUUAUCAACAAAAGGCAUCUCUUUAUAAUGUUAUAGAAGGUGAUAAUAAUAACAGAACUAAUUUAAUUAUUUAUAACACUGAAACUGAAACAGAAGAAGUCAAAACUUUGCAGAUUCCACAGCCACUAGACUCAGACACUUGCAUAACUCAGCUUCCAAAUGGCAAGCUAUUCUGUUAUGGUAAUAAUCGACAUUCUGGAAUUACAGUGCUAAUUGAUGUGAAUGGUGGAGUCGAAGUGCUGCCAUCAGGAGCUCCUUGGGAAUGAUCAUCAUGUAUCUAUUUCAACAACAGCGUCUAUUGCUUUGGAGGAAAUGAUGAAAAUUAUUUAUCUCAAUCUAGUAGAUUUGAUUUGGAUCGAAAUCGAUGAAUUCAAUUAAAUCCAAUGCCAAAACAUGAUUAUAUGUGCAGUUGUAUAAUAUUUAAUGGGAAUAUUUUAAUUUCUGGAUAUCAAACUAGAAAUCUUUUGUCAUACUCAACUGGUAUUGAUUCUUUCACGACAAUUCCUUAUGAGUUUGAAGAGAUGAAAAUAAAGAUCCUGAUAAAUGCAGAGAGACUAUAUUUGAUUGAAUGCGAUAAUGGAUCAAUCUAUGAAAGCGAAAUUGGAAGUUACUCGAAUUGGAGAUGAAUAGGAAAAUCAAAAAUGGAUUGCGAUCCUGAACAAGUGUAUUGCUCAUAUAAUAAAGGAGGAAUAUGCAUCUCAACUAUUUCUGAAUCGUCUAGAGAAUAUUAUAUUUUUAAUUUAAAUCAAAAAAUCAUUAUUGAUGUUGCUUACUAUAAUAAGCAUGUCUUACUUAGAAGAGUAGGUAAAAAGAUUGAAGCUUUAAAAUGCAAUAACCAGAAUUUUAAGCUCGAUCCUUAUUAUCUGGAUGAAAAUAAUGUAAAAGAUAUUGCUCUAAAAUAUUUAGCAGAAAAUUUAGAAAUAAUCGGAUGAUAUGACGAACAAAUCAAACUCAAUUCUAACAACUCAAGCAUUUACGAUUGUAAAGGCCACGCUUUUGAGAAUUUAGAAAGAUAUCAAGAAGCAAUCGAAUGCUACGACGAAGCAAUCAAACUCUUUCCAAACUACUAUUAUUUCUACCAAAAAAAAGGCAAUGUUUAUGAAAAUUUAGAAAGAUAUCUAGAAGCAAUCGAAUUCUAUGACGAAGCAAUCAAACUCAAUCCAAACAAUGCUAAUUUAUACAAUAAAAAAGGUAACUCUUUUAAGAAUUUAGAAAGAUACUUAGAAGCAAUCGAAUGCUAUGACGAAGCAAUUAAGCUCAAUCCAAAUAAUACUAAUUUUUACUGGGCGAAAGGAUUAGCUUUAAAUGAAUUAGGAAGAUAUCCAGAAACAGUAGAAAACUAUGAUAAAGCAAUCAGAAUCAUUCAAGAUAAUGACAAAUUUUAUAAUGGUAAAGGCAAUGCUCUUUAUGCGUUGAAGAGAUAUCAAGAAGCAAUGCAAUGCUAUAGUGAGGCAAUCAAGCUUAAUCCCAAUAAUCCUUUGUAUUUCUGCAACAGAGCUAAAUUAUUUAAUAAUCUCAGACAAGAAGAAGCAGCUUUGCAGGACCUUAAUAGGGCUUAUAAUUUGAAGCAAGAAAAUCAAGAAGGCGGUGUUUUCACUAAGAACGAAUGAAACCUUUCUGAAGAGGAAAUCAAUUUUAUUAACGACGCAUUAGGCCGAGACCGUAUUGAACUACUCCAAAAAAUGCAGAUUUAG